AUCAUCAAUGGAUCGCAGACAUUACGGUGUGUUUGCGUGCGUGCGUGUGUGUGUGUGUGUGUGUGUGUGUUUCAGUCAGUGAUCAUGCCGGUGUUUAAUGCGUCUGAUUGGCUGGACGAGUGUCUGCAAGCGAUAUUGGAGCAGGAUUUCCAGGGUCGUAUGGAGCUGUGUGUGUUUGACGACGGCAGUACGGACGGCUCCAGGGAGCUGGUGGAGAGAUGGAGACCGAAGUUCGAGGACAGAGGCAUUUCAGUGCUGAUAUCUGGACACAAAUCCUCCAGCCCACGCGGAGUGGGAUAUGCCAAAAACCAGGCUGUGAGUCAGAGCUCGGGACGAUUCCUCUGCUUUCAGGAUGCGGAUGAUGUGAUGAAGCCUCAGCGAGUCCGACUACAGCAAGAAGCUGCUGCAGCAAACCCAACGGCGAUUGUGGGCUGUAAAGUGUGUCGUGUUCCUGAAGGCUCCACUGAACGCUACACCAGGUGGAUCAACUCACUGAGUGCAGAACAGCUCCUCACACAGGUCUACACGUCUCAUGGGCCGACCGUCAUCAUGCCGUCCUGGUUCUGCUCGCGCAGCUGGUUUGAGAAAGUGGGUCAGUUUCACGAGGGAGGCAAGGGCGUUCCUGAAGAUCUGCUCUUCUUCUAUCAGAGUCUUCGUCUCGGGGGUCUCGUGCUGAGGGUGGAUGAGUGUCUGCUGGUGUAUCGCUAUCAUGAACACGCAGCGACACACUCCGUGCUGGAACAGACCAUCUGGGAUCUGCGUGUGGACUUCCUGCAGGAGCGAGUGCUCAGCCAAUGGGAUUCCUUCACCAUCUGGAAUGCUGGAAAACAGGGGAGGAAACUCUACCGCAGCCUGAGGCCAGACAACCAGAGCAAGGUGAAAGCCUUCUGUGACGUGGACGAGAACAAAAUUAAGAAGGGCUUUUACACCUAUGAGGAGUCAAAGGAGCGGCCAAAGCCGAAGAUUCCUGUCCUUCACUUCAGAAACGCCUCGCCACCAUUUAUUGUGUGUGUCAAACUGGACAUGACAGAUGGAGUUCUGGAGGGAAAUCUUCAUUCUCUGCAGCUCACAGAGGGAGUCCAUUACUACCAUUUCAACUGACGACAGUGUGUGUAUGUGUGAGAGAGAGAGAGAGUGUGUGCAUGCGACUGUGUGUAGGUGACAGAGUGUGUAUGUGAGAUAGCAUGUGUUUGAGGGAGACAGUCAACAAGAAUGAGAGCUCAGGUACCUCAUAUGAACUCAACAGCGUCUUCCUGAAAUGCAGAGAAUGCCAAACCUUCUGUCAGAGUCUGGGAAACAGCAAGAAGAGUGUGUGUGUGUGCGGGUGCGUGCGUGCGUGCGUGCGUGUGUGUGUUUUCGGAUACUAAAGAUCUGGGAAAAGCUUCAGACUGUAUUUCCCAGAGUCCUCAGCUUGAGAAACAUCUCACAUCCCUCUCGCACCUAGAUUCAAACACUCACACACUCACACACACACACACACACACACACACACACUGUUUGCAUUCCUGCUGCAGCGUGUCGCUGCAUUUCUCCGUCAUUCCUGAGUGACGUCAUUCUCAAAAUAAAGCUCUUUCCCGCA